AUGGCAACAAUUCACAACAUUAUUCUCCUACUCUUCUCCUGCCUUCUCCUCCUCUCCCAACAAGCCCACUCAAAAAAACAGUUGACCACAGUGUGUAAUUUAGAUAAUGCCCAACAAUGCAUCGGAAGAUUUUCCAGUUGGGAACAUGGUUCCAUGAUUUUCAAUACUUGCAACCAAAAAAUCCACAUCCAGUUUGUGUGCUAUAAGAAGGGCCUUCCUCCAACAGCUACAGCCAAUUGGUAUCAAAGUUUUUCUUUGGAUACGUGGGUGCCAACUUCUUCCAAUCGAAAUGUUACUACUUUCCUCCCAACGAAUGCAAUAAUGUUCAAUUCUAUUGGAUGUGAUGCUUUACCAACUUACCCAACUACAACUGCUUCUGAUUUGGCAAUGGUUGGUUCUGUUAUUGGAGAGGACAAUAUUUCCAGUUCAUGUACUGAAAUGUGUAUUCAGAGAUAUGCACCUCAACCAAGAACAAGUUCUGAUUCAUACCCUGUUCAACUUGUGAACAUUUGUAAUAGAAAUGUGAUUGUUCAAGUGGCAUGUGCAGAUCGUAAUUGGAAGUUUUAUUACAGAAAUAUUGAAAUGCAACAAUGGAACCCAAAGCUUGAUCCAGUUUUGGGAGCCCCAAAUGCUCAUCCAAACAAUGUGAUUAAUGUUAGUAAUUAUUUCCCUAAUGCAUGCAUUGAGGCGUGGGCAAUGGCAACAACAAAUGCUUAA